CAAGGAGAAGUCUGCAGCUUUUCUUAGUUUUACUGUCUCGCUUAGUGUUGCUGGCCUAUGCCCACACAUCCAUAUCACUGGCUUAUCGUGUCUUGCCUCCUCGUACGUUGUUCCUUGGCUCUGGAAACAUUGCAGGUCUGUUUUUUUUGUGCGCUUCAACUUGUUGAAUACCAGCACCCUGCCCUCGGCGAGGAGUGGUCACUGUUCAAGGUUCAGGAAGAUAACGAGAGAAGAGCGUUACCAUGGGUGAGACGACACAACACUCUCUGCUGCUUCUUCUGUGUCUGACAGGGCUUGUUCACCGUUCAGCCGCCUUAAUGUUUUGGACAGCCGAGGUGGAAAUAAGCUAUGCUAAUAUCGACAACAGGACCGUGAACAAAAGCUGCGAGUGUGGGGUGUAUGGUCGUAACUCUCCCCUGAAGACAGUCGCAGGCAUUGUUACGCUUCCCAUGGGAGACCCCAUAGGCUGUGGGCCAGAUCUUGUCUACAACCGUAAUACCAGCUCACCGGCCUGGAUAGCCCUGGUCAAACGGGGCAACUGUACCUUCACCGAGAAGAUCAAUGCUGCUGGACGUCUCGGAGCAGUUGCUGUGGUGGUGUAUAAUGUGGACGGCAGCGGCGACAGCACCACUCAUAUGGCUCACUCGGAUACAGGUGAGACCGUGGCUAUCAUGAUUGGCAACUCUCAGGGCAUGGAGGUAGUCAAGUUGGUGGAGAAUGGGACAGUUGUUCAAAUGACUAUUAAAGUGGGCAGCCCUCAUGGACCCUGGAUGGACACCUACUGGCUUUACUUCCUGUCCAUCGCCUUCUUCAUCGUAACAGCAGCCUCAAUCGCCUACUUUGUGUUUAUCUCUGCAAGUCGUCUCUACAACAUGAGACAGCAGAAGCACUAUGACAGGAGGCUGAAGUCGGAGGCCAAGAAGGCGAUUGGCCGCCUCCAAGUGCGCACACUCAAGAGGGAUGAUGAGGAAACUAUGUCUGAUGUCCACAUGUGUGCCGUGUGCAUCGAAUCCUACCGGGCCGGCGAAGUGGUGACAGUGCUCACAUGUGACCACAUCUUCCAUAAAGCCUGCAUCGAGCCCUGGCUGCUGGAGAGGAGGACCUGCCCCAUGUGCAAGUGUGACAUCCUGAAGGCACUGGGGAUUGAGGAGGAAGGGAAGGAGAGCAUUUCUGAUGACUCCCCAGAAGAGGUCACUGUGAUCACGGUUACAGGAGGAGAAACCCUCUACGAGGUCCCACUGACUGACCCAGCAAACUCCGAACCAGAGAGACAUCAGCAUCGCUAUGACAACAGGGCCUAUGAGGAAGAAACAGUCGCUGUGAGAGGAUGAACAACAGAAACAAAACAGCAACCAUGGAUACGCUGAACCAGCAGAAUUAUUGAACUAUAAUCUUCCAACAGGAGAAACUCUGUUCAUCUUGUAGCCUAAUGCAUGUUUAAAAAAAGAUAAAGAAAACAUUCCAAGGAUUUUGAAUGUUCAUGGACAUUGUCUAAUUAGCUUUGCAUGCCACUGCAUUUUCUUUGCGUCGGCACAAGUCUGUGAUUAUUGGUAAUUAUAGGGUUUGUUCAUAAAGAUACCUAGAGAUGGUUAGAAUAGAUUCUGGAAACUGAUGCCGGUGUCAAAUGACUGUUUUGCAUAGUAAGCACACCGGUUAGGGAGGUAUUUCAAUAUCUGUUUGAAAUCAAGGCCAAACUUUCUUCCCUGUCAGCUUCUCUCAGCCUCUUACAACUAACCAUUGUCUUUUCAGUUGACAGAAUAAUUCAUUUAUCUCAGUUGAUUGAACAGUUUAAUUUCCUCUUGAUCUUCGUUUUCCAUAAGUUUUUUUUACUGUCAGUUUACCAAAUGUGAUUCACAAAACACACCCUGUUUAACACACCCUUGACUGGAAAAACAGCAUGACACACAUUGCACUAUGAUGAGUUAGAGACAUCGCCUGAGAGCCUGACCUUCUUUGGAAAACAAAAUCUACAAAAACAUGUUUACCACAUAUGAAAUAACAUUUUUCAAGCCCUUCCAGAUUGCUGGCUGGUUUAUAGCUACAUUUGAGAAACAGAAAUGUGGCAGUGCAAUAAAUGUCAUGGGAACUGUAGAUGAUUUGCCUCAGAAUGCGUGAAUGUGACGUGUUCUGCUUAUUUAAAUAAUAUUCGGUGGAGUGGUUGUACGUUUUGGACCUUGCUGUAUAUUGAGAUUGAUUCGUCAAUCAUGAAGUUCAACCUGUUAAUUUAAAGGGAAACAUAAGAAAUCUGUUAUCAGUUUUCACGUCUAAACAGAUGAUUUGCAUUUAAAGUUCCAAGGGUUAUUUUUGAACAGGUUUUCCAGGUUGUACCUUUUGGAAUUUAAGGAAAUUUUUAUUCAAUCCCUGUGGUCUACC